ACACUCGUGUGCGUGCUCCACUCCUAAUGUGUGCAACCUGAGCACAGAGCGUCCUCGCUUUUCAGCAAGAGAGUGAACCAACUCCAACUUUCUCUGGACAGGCGGCGUUCAGCACUUUGUGGAGAUGGAGAGCGAAUAAAUGGAGCAAAGAGCUCGAUUCCAGAGGAGUGACAUUAAGGAUAAUGAGCGGGAGGAGGAGGAGGAGGGGGGCAUUAACGGUGGCAUGUGCUAAUAAGAAAUUCGUGGGCACGUUUUAAGAGUCAUCAGAUUUCUGUGCAUGUACUCAGCAGCAAGUCUUUCCACUCUGUGAGGCAGCAGCGGCUGCGAUACUAUUUUUAGAAACAAUGUUGCGGUAGAGGAAUCAAUCAAACUGGAGCUAUAACAGUGUUUUCAUGACAAUCUGCCUGCUUUUAGUGCCGCAAUCUUCUGAGAUUCCUAUCUGCGCUUACCGGGACAUGGGAUAGGACGUUUCAUUUAUAUCAUUUGUUUCAUCUCAGCUGAUGUUAAUUAUGCCGUUUCCUCUCCUGCUCUCCAGGAACCGGUGAACUGCAAACUUUUGCACCAUGGAAUCCACUACACUUUACAGCAACAGUGGCUGCGAUGCUUUUGGGACCUCAUGUAGUUUUGUGUCUUUUCAUAGUCUCAGAAUUUCCAAAGAACACUGCAGUUUGGGGUGUGAAUGAGAAUUGUUUUACGAUAAAGAACAAAAGAGCCUGAGCAUCGGGGGGCGCGCACUGUUUUUUCUGUACUUCUAUCAAGUGUAAGCACAUUUUUUUUUUGCCGGCUCUUAUGGGAAUUAAGCACUCAUCCCGCUGCAUGCUCCUCAGGAGAAAAAUGGCGGAGUCUGAGAGCAGUGAGCAGCCACAGUUGCAGCCACAGCCAAUCCGCAUAAUUCCGUCCCAGUCGGCACAGCCCACCUCGUUGCCCAAGCCGGUGCCUUCCAUCCAGCAUGCCCCGCGGCCUCCUCUCCCGCCACACACACCCCAUGCCGCCAGCCUACCCAGCUGUCCGGGACGGGGAAAAAUGGCCAAGUUCCUUAAUCCAGAGGAGAUGACCUCACGAGACUACUACUUCGACUCUUACGCCCACUUUGGUAUCCAUGAGGAGAUGCUGAAGGACGAAGUGAGGACGCUCACCUACAGGAACUCCAUGUACCACAACAAGCACGUCUUCAAGGACAAAAUCGUGCUGGAUGUCGGAAGUGGGACUGGGAUUCUGUCCAUGUUCGCAGCCAAGGCUGGGGCAAAGCACGUGUAUGGGAUUGAAUGUUCCAGUAUAUCAGAGUACUCAGAGAGGAUCAUCAAGUCCAACCACCUCGACAGCGUGAUUACCAUCUUCAAAGGCAAGGUGGAAGAGGUGGAGCUUCCUGUUGAGAAGGUCGACAUUAUUAUAUCUGAGUGGAUGGGCUACUGUCUCUUCUAUGAAUCCAUGCUCAACACUGUCAUCUUCGCCAGGGACAAGUGGCUGAAACCCGGUGGAUUAAUGUUUCCUGACCGUGCCUCUCUGUAUGUGGUGGCCAUCGAGGACAGGCAGUACAAAGACUUUAAGAUACACUGGUGGGAGAACGUAUAUGGCUUUGACAUGACCUGUAUCCGUAAUGUGGCAAUGAAGGAGCCACUGGUGGACGUAGUGGACCCAAAACAGGUGGUGACCAACUCCUGCUUGAUCAAGGAGGUGGACAUCUACACAGUGAAGACUGAGGACCUCUCAUUUACCUCAACGUUCUGCCUGCAGAUCCAGAGGAAUGACUACAUUCAUGCACUGGUCACCUACUUCAACAUCGAGUUUACCAAGUGUCAUAAAAAGACUGGUUUUUCCACCGCUCCAGAUGCUCCAUACACCCACUGGAAGCAGACAGUGUUUUACCUGGAGGACUACUUGACAGUGCGGAGAGGAGAGGAGAUUACAGGCAGCAUUGCCAUGAAGCCCAAUGAGAAAAACAUUCGCGACUUGGACUUUACCUUCGAGCUGGAUUUCAAAGGACAGCUGUGCGAAGCAGCCAUAUCUCACGACUACAAGAUGCGUUAAGUGCGGCUGAGGGGACCUCAGUGCCCUGUCGAGUGCAACCCUUGAGCACCAGAGGGAGACAGAGACACUCCCAUGACCAUGGACCGACACAUUGAGCGUUGUAAAAGGGGCAGUGAAUAAGAGGAAAAACCAGGCCAAAGACCGGGCAGAGGUGCCCCCACUGACAAUAUCACUAUUGUCACCACAGUGUGUGAUGAAGGCAGGAAGUUACUGAUGCUGACUGUUAAACAAUUCUGAAUGUAACACUGACAGUUAGAGGUCAGGAAUAUUUUCUAGUCUUGAUGAAUGUUAUAGAUUAUUGAUGUAUGUGUGGUGUGAGAUGGAGUGGUGUACCUGUGUGUUUUGUUCAGUAUUUGUUUUCCAUAAUAACUUGGACCUAAUGGAGGGAUAGUUGACAUUUUUAAAACAAAGUAGAGCUCACCUAAUGAAUUACUGUAUCGUCCACAUUCUGUUAUAACUAGAUAAUAAAUUUAAGGAGUAGUUUUUAUGUCAUACUAUGUACUGUAGGGAAUGAUUGUCAGAGAAACCGUUUCAUUUAUAGUUGUAUCAAUUUAGCAGUGUUGGAAAACUAACAACAAUCGAACAUCACAGCAAGGGCAAACCUGCGUAGGUACGUACUGUGUAUGUGUAAUGUGAAAGGUAACGUGUUUGCAUAGUCAGUAUGUGCUAGUAGCUUUCUGUGAGUGUGUAAUAGAAAGUGUCGGAGGUCACACUGGUGCACUGCUUGGACUCCAGAUGUGCCCUGUGUUGUCAGUUUGAGCUGUGAUGUUGACAUGCCAAUAACAUCCCCUCCCCGUCCUAAAUGCCUUGACCAAGUGCCGAAGUGUACCUACUUCUUUUCCGCACUGAUGCAUUUAGCUGUUUUUCUUUAGUUUAAUGUAUAGACACUAGCCACUCUGCUUUUUAUUGUUUUGAGAUUAGGUAUUAUUAAAACACAGGCUCAAGCCAUGAAGCUUCUUUAGUCUACAUCUGGACAUAAUUAAAGUUAAGCAGUCUCACUCUAACUACAAUAUGAAUUCCUUAUACCUGAAAGUUGUUCUCUUGGACCAGGGUUGCUUGUAAGCUUUUUAACUCUGAUCUCAGAUAACAAAGGAGGAGGACUGAUGAAAACUGGAAACCUGCAGUAUUGCUGCACAACUAUUUUUGUUCAUGUCUAAUGAGAUUGAGAAUCAUGUUUCCUGCGUCAGAUACACAAGUUCCAUGAUGUGGCACUGGAGUUUACAGACUGUGUCUCAGUCUCCAAGUUUAUUGAAGCUGAUGGAAAAUAUCUCCCAUCUCACCUUUGCUCUUACAAAGGUCAUUGCCAAGGUACCUAUUAAAGGGAAUUCUUCAAUCAAGACAUGUGGAGCUGGGCAAAGUUUUGUUAAGAAAGUUUUGAAUACUUUUAAAACAGAGAUAUUAGCCUCAAAUAUCCAGUAAGGAUUACUAUAUGAAAUACACUGAUUUUUGAAGAGUUUAAAUCUUUCCCAGAUUGUAACUGUUUUAUGAUAUCGUCUUGUCCAGCCAAGAACCAGCCUCUGUUCUCAUGCAGUGCAUAGCCCCUAAUAAAUCUUUUCAGGGCUGCAACCAAAGUGUAGUGUGAACAAUUGAGAGCAAUGAAAGAAAACAGGUCAUUUAUAAAGCAUGCAACUAAUGCUAUUAACAAUCAACAAAAAUUGCAGUAUCAAACUGGGAGCUGCCUCCUGAGAGCACACAGUUUGACUAUUUCUUUGAUCCUGUAUUUUACAGGGUGCUGGCUGGUACAAAAAAAGCAAUACAAUAUUAUGAGUCAUUAAUGCUUACAGUCAAUUAUACAUGGUAAGUCAUGAUACUCAUUUAGAAUAAUUGUAUAAUUGCACUGACAGAGCACAUCUGUCCACAGAAACAUGUUUGAGGAAAGCUGCUAAAAUAAAACACAAACCUAGAAUGCCAUAUGAUUUAUAAGUCAUAAAACUUCUAAUAAAUUGGCAUGUUAAUUCCACAUGUAUUACUUACUUUGAAUAUGUUGUUUCACAUAUUGUCAUGUCAACUUAAAAACUGAAUAAACAGCAAUGUCCAAACUUA